GGUAAAGUCAAGAGUCUCACUGGUACACUGAGGAGCCCUGCCGUGUCUGUGAUAUCAGCUACACUGAGGAGCACUGAGGAGCACUGCCGUGUCUGUGAUAUCAGCUAUACUGAGGAGCACUGCCGUGUCUGUGAUAUCAGCUAUACUGAGGAGCACUGCCGUGUCUGUGAUAUCAGCUAUACUGAGGAGCACUGCCGUGUCUGUGAUAUCAGCUACACUGAGGAGCACUGCCGUGUCUGUGAUAUCAGCUAUACUGAGGAGCACUGCCGUGUCUGUGAUAUCAGCUACACUGAGGAGCACUGAGGAGCACUGCUGUGUCUGUGAUAUCAGCUACACUGAGGAGCACUGAGGAGCACUGCCGUGUCUGUGAUAUCAGCUACACUGAGGAGCACUGCCGUGUCUGUGAUAUCAGCUACACUGAGGAGCACUGAGGAGCACUGCCGUGUCUGUGAUAUCAGCUACACUGAGGAGCACUGAGGAGCACUGCCGUGUCUGUGAUAUCAGCUACACUGAGGAGCACUGAGGAGCACUGCCGUGUCUGUGAUAUCAGCUACACUGAGGAGCACUGAGGAGCACUGCCGUGUCUGUGAUAUCAGCUACACUUCCAUUGUUUUACUGGCUGUUAUCAUUGCAGACACACUUGUGUUUUAGAUCUGUUUUUAUUUUGUGUGUACUUGUCUAAGCAGAGAAAGAUGUCCAGUUUAAAGGAGGUCUGUGGGGGCUUGCCUUUGAACCCUCUACCCCCAAACCAAGGAAGGAGCAACCGGGUACCCCACGCUCCGGUCAGGGUCCCCAACCUGACACCCCAAGAGGAAAAGCUGGCCCUGCGCAAUGCCCUGCGGUACUUCCCUCCUGCCGUUCACGAGGUUCUGGCUGCGGAGUUUGCUGAGGAGCUGCGGCUGUACGGACACAUCUACAUGUAUCGCUUCUGCCCAGGGAUCCCUAUGAGAGCCUAUCCUAUCAACAGCUACCCCUGCAAGACCAAACAAGCGGCUGCUGUGAUGCUCAUGAUCAUGAACAACCUGGAUCCCUGUGUAGCUCAGUUUCCCCAGGAGCUUGUCACCUACGGUGGGAAUGGCCAGGUGUUCAGUAACUGGGCUCAGUUCUGGCUGGUGAUGCAGUUCCUGUGUGAGAUGACGGAGGAGCAGACUCUGGUGAUGUACAGCGGGCACCCCGUGGGUCUGUUCCCCAGCCACCGCGACGCCCCGCGGGUCGUCAUCACCAACGGCAUGGUUAUCCCCAAUUACUCCUCCAGGGAUGAAUAUGAGAAGAUGUUUGCCUUGGGGAUCACAAUGUAUGGACAGAUGACCGCAGGAAGCUACUGCUACAUUGGGCCGCAGGGAAUCGUCCACGGCACAGUGCUCACUGUGUUGAAUGCUGGCCGGAGGUACCUGGGCUCCAGUGAUCUGGGGGGGAAGGUGUUUGUCACGGCCGGUCUGGGGGGGAUGAGCGGGGCUCAGGCCAAGGCAGCGGUCAUCGCUGGGUGCAUCGGGGUCAUCGCAGAGGUGGACCAGGCUCCUCUAAAGAAGAGGCACGAGCAGGGCUGGCUGAUGGAGAUUACCAGUGACCUGGACCGCUGCAUUCAGAGGAUCAGGGACGCCAGGAUGAAGAAAACGCCCCUGAGCCUGGGGUACCAUGGCAACGUGGUAGAUCUUUGGGAGAGGCUGGUGCGUGAGUACGAUACUACAGGAGAGCUGCUGGUGGACCUGGGCUCUGACCAGACCUCCUGCCACAACCCCUUCAGCGGAGGGUACUGCCCAGUGGGGCUCACCGAGCAGGAGGCCGGCCAGUUGAUGCACUCCGAGCCGGCCAGGUUCCGCAGCCUGGUGCAGGAGAGCCUCAGAAGACACAUCGCUGCCAUUAACAAGCUGGCGGACAAGGGCUUGUUCUUCUGGGACUACGGGAACGCGUUCCUGCUGGAAGCGAAGCGGGCUGGUGCUGAUGUGGAGAAGAGUGGAGCUGGGAAGACAGAGUUUAAAUAUCCUUCCUACGUUCAGCACAUCAUGGGGGAUAUAUUCUCCCUGGGAUUCGGACCGUUCCGCUGGGUCUGCACCUCGGGGGACCCCGAAGACCUGGCCACCACCGAUGUCAUCGCCUCGACAGUGCUGGAGGACAUCGGCAAAGGAGUGUCUGACUUGGUGAGACAGCAGUACGAUGACAACAUCCGCUGGAUACGGGAGGCUGGCAAGCACAACAUGGUGGUGGGGUCCCAGGCCAGGAUCCUGUACUCGGAUCAGAAAGGACGGGUCUCCAUCGCGCUCGCCAUCAACACGGCCAUCGCUGACGGACGCAUCAAGGCUCCAGUGGUAAUCAGCAGAGACCACCAUGACGUCAGUGGGACAGACAGCCCCUUCAGAGAAACAUCCAAUAUCUACGAUGGGUCUGCUUUCUGUGCAGACAUGGCCGUGCAGAACUUUGUAGGGGAUGCUUUCAGAGGCGCCACGUGGGUUGCACUGCACAACGGAGGAGGAGUUGGAUGGGGAGAAGUUACUAACGGUGGGUUCGGGCUGGUUCUCGACGGUUCUGGAGAUGCUGCAAGGAGAGUCACAAUGAUGCUGAACUGGGAUGUUUCUAAUGGGGUGGCUCGACGGUGCUGGUCAGGGAAUGACAAGGCCUAUGAGACGAUCUGCCAGACCAUGCGGGAGCACAGUGACCUGAGAGUGACCCUGCCACACAGCGUGGCGGACGAGGGGCUGCUGGACAGGGCUCUGCGGCACUGAGAGAGGAAUUCAAUCACAAACCACAUGACCACAUGACUGCGGUCGUGUGGCGCAGCUGUCGUUUGAUUGAAUCUGUCCCUAAGAUGGUUUUCAAAUCCUAGGAAAGGGCUUUCAGUUCUCUUCUCUUGGCUUUUGUCUCCUAUGUGUUUUUAAGCAUUUGAAGUUUGAAGUUUCUAAUGGCCUGGAAUUGUAAGAGGUGUUAACGUGUUCAUGUUUGGUUCAGGUAUCACAGUAAACUAAACUAUAAUAAAUAUUAAAUUUCA